CUGUCGCAAAACCUACCGCAAAGCACGGCCAAAGUGUCGCACACUAGCCCCUGAUGAUCGGCGUGUGAAACCCUGUCGGUCUCUCCGUACGGCAUCUUAGCUGUAGACGAAACAUGCCAGCGAAAGGUCCUCUGCAGUCUGUCCAGGUCUUUGGACGUAAAAAAACGGCCACAGCAGUGGCUCACUGCAAGAGGGGGAAUGGGCUGAUCAAGGUGAACGGCAGACCCCUCGAGAUGGUGGAGCCUGCGACCCUCCAGUACAAGCUGUUGGAGCCAGUGCUGCUGCUGGGCAAGGAACGUUUUGCUGGAGUUGACAUCAGAGUCAGAGUAAAGGGUGGUGGACAUGUCGCUCAGGUCUACGCCAUCCGUCAGGCCAUCUCCAAAGCCCUGGUUGCAUACUACCAGAAGUAUGUUGAUGAAGCCUCCAAGAAGGAGAUCAAGGACAUCCUGAUCCAGUACGACAGGACCCUGCUGGUUGCUGACCCACGUCGCUGCGAGUCCAAGAAGUUCGGUGGACCUGGAGCUCGUGCCCGCUACCAGAAGUCCUACCGUUAAUUGCUCUGUACAUUUUCAUAAUAAAUUGGAGGAACAACUA